AUGACCAGAUCUCAUCUGCCCCUCCUCUGUCUCCUCCUCUCCUUCCUCAAUUUCGCCACUUCUCAGGACGAUGCGAUGAUCAUGCAAGCCCUUAGAUCGAGCCUGACUCUCACAUCAGACGUCAACUGGUCAAACCCUGACCCUUGCAAAUGGGAAACCGUCCAGUGCGACGGAAGCAACCGCGUCACAAGGAUCCAGCUCAAACAGAAAUGGAUCCAAGGGACUCUCCCUCCUGAUCUCGGGAAACUCUCGGAGCUCAUUGUCCUCGAUUUAUUCUCUAACAAAAUCUCUGGUCCGAUUCCCGAUCUCUCUGGACUAACGCAUCUACAGACGCUGAAUCUUCAGGACAAUUUCUUCGAUUCGACUCCGAAAAACCUCUUCUCCGGGAUGAACUCACUACAAGAAGUGUACCUCGAUAACAACCCCUUCCCGCUUGGGAGAUUCCGGAGACACUCCGAGACGCUCCCAAGCCUCGCUUCUUUAAAGCUGUCUCUGAAUAACUUACACGGAGGGUUGCCUUUGAGCUUGGCGGGCUCGUCGUUGCAGAAGCUCUAUCUCAACUGGCAGAAGCUCAACGGGUCGAUCUCGUUGUUGCAGAACAUGACUUCUCUCGUCGAGUUUGAUAUUCGAGGUAACUUCUUUUCAGGUCCCAUCCCUGAUCUCUCUGGUCUGCAGAAUCUAAGUCUGUUCAAUGUUAAAGAUAAACAGCUCACCGGCCUUGUCCCACCGUCUCUCACUGUUCUCCAAAAUCUCACUGUCGUGAAUUUAACUAAUAACUACUUUCAAGGACCGAUGCCGUUAUUCAAGAACUCAGUCGCUGUUGAUGCAAUAGCCAGCGCGAGUAGCUUCUGUCAGGAGGCUCCUGCCAUGAAUUGGAAAGGGAAUGAUUCGUGUGUUAGCUGGCUCGGGAUUACUUGUUACAAAAGUGACAUUACAGGGAUUAGCCUAUGGAGUCAGGGGCUCACGGGUUCGAUAUCUCAGAGUUUUGCUAAUCUUACUUCCUUGGAAUUGAUCGAUCUUUCUAGCAACAGCCUCACCGGGAGUAUACCGACAGAGCUUACCACUUUGCCUAAGCUUAGGCUACUAGAUGUGUCUAACAACAAUAUCAACGGUGAUGUCCCGAAGUUCAGCGGAAGUGUGAUUGUGGUGACUACUGGUAACGCUAACAUCGGAACGAAGAAUAAAUGA